UUGCUUGUUCCCAGGACAGGACAGAGAAUAGGGGACAGAGGGACGACAUAACAUGCCAUCAUCCAAGGGCCGAAUGCUGUCUCUCGUGUUGGUGUGUCCAACCUUGUGCAGCGCGUUCUUAUGUACGAGGAGAUCGUUGUCCUCGCUCGAUGUCGGACGAACAACAAAAAUGUCCGCCGCUGUCACUGGGAGACUGGCCGACAAGGUUUAUCUUGUGACGGGGUCGACUGAUGGCAUCGGGAAGCACACGGCCUCGCGCCUCGCCGAGGAGGGCGCGACGGUGCUGGUCCACGGCAGGCGAGAAGCCGCCGUAAGAGAGGCCGUCGAGCACGUCGGAGGAGGAAAAGGAAAGGUGGAGGGGAUCGUGGCCGACUUGAGCUCGCUGCGAGGGGCGAACCACCUGUGCGAUGAGGUUCUGCGUCGGACGGACAGGCUAGACUGCCUCCUCAACAACGCAGGCGUUUUCGAGGCUGACUUUCGGCACAGCGACGACGGACUGGAGUACACCUUUGCAGUGAACGUGCUCGCACCGUACGUCAUCACCGGCCGUCUGCUGGACUUACUCGCCAAGGCACCCGGUGGCGGUCGCGUAGUGAACGUGGCGAGCCUGUCCGCGUCCUACUCGCUGGACUUCGACAAUCUUCAGUUCGAAAAGGGCGGCUACAGCGACCACGCCUCCUACUCUCUGUCGAAGCUGCUGGACAUCAUGUUCAACGCGGAGCUCGCCCGGAGAGCGCCGAAGGGAGUCACGUGCAACUCACUCGACCCCGGCACAGUAAACACCAAGAUGUUGAGGGCUGGGUGGGGAAUGGGCGGCAUCCCUGUGAAGAGCGCGAACGACCAGUUCUAUCUGGCGACGAGUGACGACGUGAGCGACAGCUCCGGCGAGUACUACGUCAGCCGCAGGGUGACCACCCCGCCCCCACCGGCGGAAGACGAAGAGGCGUGCCGGCGGCUGUGGGGGGUGCUGGAAGAGCUCAGCGGCUUCAACUAUGCAUAAUUAUGGCGUGGUGGCUGUUCAUUUGUGUCGUUUUUGUUGGGUCGACAGGCCAGUCCUACUAGCCUGGAGCAUGGGCGUCUUGCACUACCUAGAGCCCAAUGUGGCUUCGAAGGCUUGUACGGCCGUAUAAUGAUUUGUAAAGACAGUAUGUUCCACAACCGCUGCUGGAGGUAAGAGCAGCCACACGGUCGUCGAGAGCGAGCACUCUGGGUUUGUUGACCCCGUCCCGGACGUUCUUUACGAACCGCUCUCAGCGACGUAGAUGUUUGGGCGUCAAAGGAAGAGGGCCGUGGACGGAAAAUAAGCGGGGGAAAAGCUGUAUGAAGGAUUCGAGUCAGCAAGAAGGGCUUUGUUGCUCGGCAGUUUGUGUGGUUGUAGAAUAUGUACAUACAUAGAAAUGGCGUGUGCAUGCACGCCCUGUGCCCCCCCCCCUACUUUUCCCGAACCUAAAGUAGACUAGAUGCUGGGAGUUCUCUACGUGAUUGUUCGCGAGCCAAAAGACCGCGCGGUCUUGCCAAGACGCCAUGUGGACGGGCGAAAACAACAAGAUGAUAUCCGAAGCUCCC